GCAGAACAUGAUAGGUAGAAAAGAAUCCUGCACUUCAGGACAGAUACCGAUGACCGACCUAAGCUGCCUUGCCUAUGUGCUGGAAGAAUGGACUGUUGUGGAGUACCUGAAGAAAUACCUUUUUCAUCUGGUCAUCAUCUCACUGACAAUGAGUGCAGUAUUAGUUUUUUUUAUAGUUCCUUUAACAAUCCUCUUUUUCAUUUACCUUAGUAAUAUUAUGCUUUUAAUAUAUCAGAGGAAUGGUGAGGUAAAAGCAGAUCCCUUGAGUGAUGUUUGGGAUGGUGCAAGGAAAACUAUAGCAAGCUUUUGGGAUAUAUAUGCAAGAAUAUGGCAUGGUUAUGAGCUUCAUGGUGUGGAAAACCUUCCAGAAGGACCAGGCAUUCUUGUGUAUUACCACGGAGCUAUUCCUAUAGACUACCUUUACUUUUUGUCUAGGUUGUUUCUCUGGAAGAAAAGACUUUGUCUUUCAGUAGCUGAUAAUUUUGUCUUUCGUUUACCAGGACUUAAAUUAUUAUUGGAAGUGACGGGUGUUAUGCCAGGUACAAGGGAGGAGUGUCUCAUUGCACUGAAGAAUGGAUACUUGGUGUCUGUCUCACCAGGUGGAGUUAGAGAAGCACUAUUCAGUGAUGAAAGUUAUCAGCUCAUGUGGGGAAAUCGAAAAGGCUUUGCUCAGGUCGCUCUAGAUGCAAAAGUGCCCAUCAUUCCAAUGUAUACUCAAAAUGUCCGGGAAGGAUACAGGAUGUUUAAAGAAAGAAGAUUUUUUAGACAGUUGUAUGAAAGUACUCGGUUGCCGUUAACUCCUCCGUACGGAGGACUGCCAGUUAAAUUUCGCACAUACAUCGGGGAGCCAAUCCCAUACGAUCCCAAUAUAACUACAGAGGAAUUAGUUGAAAAGACAAAGACUGCUGUCCAGGCUCUCAUAAGCAAGCACCAAACAAUCCCAGGCAGCAUAUGGAAGGCUUUACUGGAGCGAUUUGAUAAACGUCGUAAAAGUGAUUAG